UUUUGAAUAGCAGUUGGGCGGGUUUUGUUGUGAAUCCCUGGCAACCCUGAAUUAUCAGCCAUUUCACCUCAAACUGUCUUCAAGCAGCGAACACCCGCCGCAGCGGAAGAACCUCCCGAAGCACCAGACAGGUGAGCGUGUGUCAGAAUGGCCCGUACGAAGCAGACCGCCCGUAAAUCCACCGGAGGAAAAGCUCCUCGUAAGCAGCUGGCGACUAAAGCGGCCCGUAAGAGUGCGCCCUCUACUGGAGGAGUCAAGAAGCCCCAUCGCUACAGGCCCGGGACCGUGGCUCUGCGUGAGAUCCGCCGCUACCAGAAGUCCACCGAGCUGCUGAUCCGCAAGCUUCCCUUCCAGCGUCUGGUGCGUGAGAUCGCUCAGGACUUCAAGACCGACCUGCGCUUCCAGAGCGCCGCCAUCGGAGCCCUGCAGGAGGCCAGCGAGGCGUAUCUGGUGGGUCUGUUUGAGGACACAAACCUGUGUGCCAUCCACGCCAAGAGAGUCACCAUCAUGCCCAAAGACAUUCAGCUGGCACGCCGCAUCCGUGGAGAACGAGCCUGAGCUCCUCUCUCUCUCUCGCUCUCUCUCUCUCUGUGUGUAUCUCUCUCUCUUCAUCUGUCUGUGUGUGUUUGUUUGUGUUGGUCACUCUCUCUCUCUCUCUCUGUGUUGGUGUUGUAUUCUCAGAUGAGCUCUUGUGUCGUGUCGUCGUGUGAUUUGAAGCACAAGAGUUCAAACCCUCAGGGUGAUUAAUUAAGGACUCCAGGUACUAAUUAACACUUCCUGUUCCUGAAUGAAAGAACUGGUUGUCUAAUCUGAUUUCAGGUGCUAAACUCCUCACUGGAAGAGUCAGAAUCUUCUUCAAUCAAUUUUUUUUU